AUGAAGACCGCGCUUUCCGCCACACUUUCUUUAAUCCUGGCCAGGCCCGCUCUAGGAGCCAUCAAUUGGGAUGUUUUCGAACAUGGCGUGGUCGACAGCUUCAAGUGGUCACGCCCUUUCCCAGACGACGGAUCGGAUCCCGGAGGGUUUCACGUGAACUGCAGGGUUGAGCGCGAGUUCCAUGCCAAGAUAUACAAGCUCACAGAUCUUCCGGAGAAACCUCCAACUGGCUUGGCUCCCUGGCAAGAGGCCAUUGAGUAUUUCCUUGCCCAGAGGGCCUUUGUGGGUAGUUGGGACGGUGUCGACCACAAGGGCAAAGACCGCGAGAUUGUCGUCAUGGAGUACAGCGCAGUUCCAGGCUACGUCAGGCACUGGAUCGAGGCUCAGCAGCAAGACAUCAGCGUGACAAAUGAUAAUAAAUGGCUGUAUGGCGUCUUUGAGAAGCCAAAGGAGGAGGGCGACAAAAUACUCGCCACAGUGAAGCCACAACCAGCAUCUCCUGUAGCCGACCACACAGCCGUGGCGGAAGGGGUCCCCGUCAUCGAGGAUAAGGAUAAGAUUGUGGUGUUUCCGGCUGGAGCAAUAUACGAGAUAUUGCCCCUAUGGGUAGCUGAGGGAAGCCGAUGCGAACGUGAGUUCAAUAAUCUCGACAAAUACAGGCCGCAGGCCGUAGACCACUCCAUUCUUGCAUGGCCAGUGGACCAUACAAAACCGCAACGGGAUCUCGGGAAGCGCGACAUUACUUUCAAAAUUGAAGCAAUGGCUGUGACGGAGACCGAAGAUGGCAAGAGGGCGCGUCUAAUGUGGGAGCGGUUGCAUCGUACCGUGAGGAGAAAUGAGCGACGACUCCAGAAGGAAGAGAGACUAAAGGCAAAAAAGGAAAUCGAGGAUGGGCACAUCAAAGACGAACUCUGA